AUGAUCCAGAUGCAACAACCCAGACACAAUGAGAAGAGGACCCACAAUGCACACACCCCGAAGAGAUAUCCUCAAGCCCCUACUUUGACUACACGCAAAUUACCCUUACGGUACUUCCCCCCACCCGAUACCAGCGACACCGAAAAGGCGCAACAAACAGGCAUAGUGCUGAUAACACUACAGACACACAUCAAUGGCAUUAGUGAUGACUAUAUAACACCUCUACUACAGUGGACGGACGCUACAACCCCAAAACGGAAAUACACUUCUACACAACUAACAGAUUCUACCGACGAUACACAACCCUUCUCAAGCAUCAACUCCACAACUGACACCGCAUAUACCACACAGGCACCACAGCCUAAACAGAUAAGGGCCCAGACACGCUACCCACCCCUUUCGGUGCGCACGCUUAAUACUACGGAGGCCGACUGGUACACCACCGGGAUAGAACCUGGGGUGCCCCCCGACCGACACCGUAGGCACACGAACUCCCUCUCCGCGGAGAGGAUCACCCCCUCACAUUAUCACGACACGCACACCACAUCUAUCCUACUCUCCAACAUCCAAAUAAGAAACACACACCCCCAUCACACGAACCAGACACGGUGCCUGACAUAA